GUUAAUAUCUUGCCAAACAAUAACAAAGGAUAAAUAGAAUAAAAGGAUCUUCAUAUACAGUUCCGCCUAAAAACAAGUCCACUCUACACUCUUUCGCACAAAAUUCUCCAUUUUCUAAUGGCAGAAUCGGAAUUGAAAUCCCCACCACCACCAAACCCUAACUCCUUAACGGUCGCAGCACCUCCGUCAACUCCACCGGAUACCACCAGCGGCGGCGGAGGAUUAUGGUUCCGGCAACGGCCAAAAAUAAGAGUAACGACGGAGUUCGACAGUGAGAGCGCUGUAUUCUUCCACAAAAUAUCAUGUAAAGUGUUGGAUAGCUUAGCGAAGUUGAGGUUUUCGUUUCAGAAUAAUGGGAAAGGAGAGCUAUCGGAUCCUCAAUUGGCGUUAACUUCAAAGUAUUUGUCACUUCAUUAUGAUAUUGAAGAGAAGAAUGCUCUUGUUAAUGCUCAGGUUGAGGUUGCUCCUGGUUUGCAGUUUAAGGCCAUUCAUGAAGUAAAGUCGCAACAAGGAGAACUGUCAAUGGUAGCUGAUCUGGCAGGUCCAGCGUACAAGUUUGAGUUGUCUUCUGCUGUUCCAUCAAUUGGCAAGCCAAAAGCAACCCUCAAAUUUCCUAUGGGCGAAGUUUCUCUAGAGGAGAAAGAAGAGGAGUUGGAGGAGGAGCAAACAAAGAGAAUAUUAUCAGUGAAUGGAAUCCUCAAAGGCCAGAUCCUGAAUGGUGUUUGUACUGCAAAAUACAUGGAUGAAGCUUUGGAUCUGAGAUACUGCUUUAAGGAUGAGCAAAUGACAUUUAUUCCUAGCAUUUCCUUGCCUUCAAAUGCAGUGUCAUUUGCCUUCAAGCGUCGAUUCGGUCCUUCAGAUAAGUUGAGCUACUGGCAUAAUUUGGACACAAACUACUGGAGCACAGUCUAUAAACACAAUAUUGGAAAAGACUUCAAGUUCAAAGCUGGUUAUGAUUCAGAAGUGCGACUUGGGUGGGCGUCUCUAUGGGUUGGAGAGGAAGGCGGAAAAGCAAAGACAACUCCCAUGAAGAUGAAAGUACAAUUUAUGCUUCAAGUGCCUCAAGAUGACAUUUCAUCUUCAGCUAUGAUGUUCCGCGUGAAGAAGAGGUGGGAUAUAUAAACUGUCGAUAUACCAAGCCACUCUCCUUGCCCUGCUGUAUCGUGAUAGGCAUUCACAGUGGAAAUAUGGAUGUUUCACACGUAAAUUUUUUUUAAUCUGUCACCAAUUCUGAACCUUGCUUACCAAAUUCAUUUGUGUUAUUACUUUCAUAUAUGCUAGUUAAACCUUAAUAACAACUUUUAAAUCAAUUAUGUUGCACCCAA